AUUCGGAAUUUGUAAGACAAGGUCCCCGGGGCUCUUUGCUUUCUCCAUUCUCUCAUUCGUCGAGAAUGGUGAAGAGGAGCUCCCCUGGUUCUUCCUCCUCCCCCUCCUCCUCCUCCACCUCCUCCGACGCCGCAUCUCGCCCUGCUCCUCCCUCGGGAGGCAAGCCCAAAAGCAGGAAGAAGGAGGCGAAGAAGAAUUCAAAUGGCAACGGUAGCAACUCAAAAAACAAGAGAACCUCCAUUUACAGGGGAGUCACCAAGCACAGAUGGACGGGGAGGUUUGAAGCCCAUCUGUGGGACAAGAGCUCCUGGAAUGAUAUCUCGAACAAGAGAGGAAGACAAGUCUACUUGGGUGCAUACUAUAAUGAGGAAGCCGCUGCUCGUACCUACGAUCUCGCUGCCCUUAAGUAUUGGGGUCCUACUACACCCUUGAAUUUUCCGCUUGAGACCUACCAGAAGGAUACGGAAGAAAUGGAGAAGAUGUCGAAGGAGGAAUAUUUAGCUCUGCUCCGCCGGCAAAGCAAUGGGUUUUCCCGGGGAGUCUCUAAGUACCGCGGCGUCGCCAGGCACCACCACAAUGGGCGGUGGGAGGCGCGGAUCGGGCGGGUCCUUGGAAACAAAUAUCUCUACCUGGGAACAUACAGCACACAAGAGGAGGCAGCUGCAGCAUAUGACAUGGCAGCCAUAGAAUACAGAGGUCUAAAUGCAGUUACCAAUUUUGAUAUCAGCAACUAUGUCAAACUGGGCCGAGUGGAAGCCCAGGUCCAGGAGCUGGCCCAACAACUCCAGCCCAAUACCCCCAUUGGGCCACAAAAUGAAUUGCAAGAGCAGGAAGAAGAGCAGCUUCAGGAGCCAGUGCUUUCAUCAUCACAGCUUCAAUACUCACAGCACCUUCCUUCCAUGGACUCAUCUGCAAUGGAGAUAAUGGAUCCGGCUGACGACCCUGACCUCCCAUGGACCUUCUGUGCCUACAGCACCCUCCUAGUCCCAGACGUGCCCCUCGGAAAGGGCGGGGAGUUGCCGGAUUUGUUUGAUGAGAAGGGGUUUGAGGACAACAUUGACUACAUGUUUGAAGGGGCUGCAGGCAAUGAGGAAGAGAGUAAUAGUGCAGAAAAUGGUGUGAAGGAGAAUUACUUGUCCUCAUCUUCUUCUUCUUCUUCAGGUUGUGAUUCAGCAUCUCCUGCCUCAACAACUACCUUGGCUUCUUGUACUUACUCUAUGUGAAGGGGGUUGUUUGGGAGCAUGCAUGAAUUGGAGGUUGAUGGGAAGCUUCAAAAUGUAGUUGGCUUUUUCUUUCUUUCCUUCUUUUUUUUUCUUCCAAAAAGGGCAGGCAUAAGGAAGAGGGGAGUUGACUCCUGCAUGCAGUUGUUUUUGUAUUUUGUUUUCCUUUUUUAUCCUUUUUACCUGAAGUGAGCAAGUUUCUGUUC